AUGGCCUCUGCUGAGUCAGAUGAAGACCCAGGCCCUAUGGUUGAGGAAACCUCUCCUUUGACGUUGCCAGCCGACCUUCAAACCCUGCAUUUGAACCGACCAACAUUCAGUCCAGAGAGUAGACUUGAAUGGAAUAACGACAUCCCAGAAGUUAGUCGUUUGAAUUUUGAACACUGGAAAAAUCAUAAAACUGACCAAUGGAUGGAGCAUGAAGAGAUGAGUCAUCUUGAACUUGACCUCAGUGGUGGUGACAUGCCAGAGCUGGAGCCCAUCAGUAGGCACCAGAAAGGCCUUCCCCAGGAGGGUGGUCCAGGAGAAGAUGUUCCCAAAGGUCAGCUGUAUCUUCCUGUGCAUUCUGACCCAGAGUCCACUCCUCAGACGAUCCAAGUGUACACCUUGGAGCAGCCUAGUAACGCCAGCGGCAUGGUGAGCAUGUCUAACGAGGUGGAGAAAAGUCACAGAAGGGAGACUGAUUAG